AUGAAUUUACAAGGUCAUACAGGUGGAUGUGUCCCUAAGAAUGAUGCAGUUGUAUAUCAAGACAAGUCAGCAACUAUUUUAUAUGAACAAUCUUACAGCCCAAAAGAAUACACUCUGUCACACUAUUUAGGUGACUUUUCUAAGCUUGCACAUAAUAGCGUUGAUUAUUUAAAUUAUCACUUUACACAAUAUGAAUAUAAUGUUUCGGUGUAUGUUACAGAUAUUAUUUGUAUUAAAACAUAUAGAAUAUAUGAAGUAUUAAGUUUUAGAAUACCAAUAUCUUAUUCUGAAAGAUGGAAUUUGUUUCAUAUUGCAAAAUUCGGUGCUCUUUUGGAG